UGAAGACGAGACCCACUUUCGUGUCAGGUCCGAUCGGGGCAUGUUCUCGACUUUUCACACGUGAGGUACUAUACUCCAUACGUACCUCGACUCAUAAACGCCGUCGCAAUUUUGCCACUACCCAUCACUCUCACGUUUCUGAUUUCAAACGUACUAACGACGACCCGCGGCAAAGGUCAACUCACCUUAGACCACGUACAAGACUGCCGAGGCAAAAUUCCAACAUGCUGUCAUCCCUUGAACCCCUGGAGGAGAGAUUCAGACAGGUAGAAGAAGAGAGUGAGAGGAGGGCUAUGCAAGAGCAUGAACUAUCAGCACAUGAGCUCGUCGACCCUGAUUUAGUCAGCCUAACCAGGCGAGGACAUCAACGGAAAAAGAGUUCUGUAUCAAUGUCACGGUUCGGCCAGCCUUCAAACAGCAAUGGUUCAAGUAGUAGUUCAACUUCACCCACGCUCGCUACUGUUGCCCACAAGUCAACAUUCUAUCAUUCAUUAGCAAACCCCAGAAGCAUGGACUCCUUCAUUUCCGAAGGCUCAGAAAACGAAUCUCACCAUUUAGAAGACGACCAGCAGGUGACGCGAAUCGAACGAAUACAUGGCCGUCAGCCUUUCCAGAAGACAGUCGAAGCCAUACUACCCCAACGCAUGUCUCGGUCACAGUCAUCAAACCUACUCUCGCCGAGCACGCGCCUGGUCAUCGAUGUCUCUGUCGAAAAGGCAACAGUAGCACAUCCGCGCUCUGAGGACAAUCACACAACCGUUUAUGCGACCAAAGCAGGAGAGCUACGACAUAGAACGUCUCGGACCAGCGCCCUUGGCGCCAAGCCACCGGCAAACGGGCUGGUAGAACGGGCGAGAUCGUUCGCUCGUCACUUCGGGCGUAAGAGAAAGCCCGAAUCUGGGUGAGAUGAAAUGGAUGUUGUGCGCACAGUUCUUGAGCUGUCAAGGAGACUUCGGAAUGGAAUGGACCUAGAGUUAACGAUCCGAGUAGUUGCUAUGCUUCAUCAUGGACUAGCUCAUCACCCGAGAAAGUUACAUCAGAGAUUUUUCUUUCCUGUUGCAUUUCAUGAUUACAUAAUAUGAUUUCAACCAAUCAUCGUUCAGUCGCCUUUGCUCCCCGACAAUUACAAUUAAUAUCACGUGAGUUCAGUGCCGUGAUUCACUUACGUGCUUCGAGAUCGAUUACUG